GUAAGAUAAGAGGUGUGUUAAAAUCAUAAGUAUUCACAUCACUUGAACUAAGACUUGUCUAAACAUUAUCACCCUGUAGGAGCUUAAGAAAAUACCUCAAAUUGACCCUUGGACUAUCUUCACCACUCAUAGGUUUACGUCAUUGACUAUUAAGUACAAGAUAAAAAUAAAAGGCCAAAAAUGUUUGUCGCCCCUGUGCGGUGAAGAUAUAAGAACUUAGAACCGCUUACGACUUUAGUACCCAAGUACGUGGAAAACUAGUAUAAAGGUUUUAUACCUCUGAAAAAACCUAGGUAUCUACACUUUUUAGUGUUCCGUACCCAAAGGGUAAAACAGGACACUAUUAUCGACACGCUGUCUUUCCGUCUGUGACCAGGCUGGAUCCCAUAAACCGUGACAGUAAGUCAGUCAAAAUAUUUAUGAGAUUAAACUGUAUAUUUGGAAUGCCGCUAUGCCAUAAAAUAUUUAAAAAAAAUAAACAAUUAAUGUUAAAGGAUUGAAUUUUAAGCGGCAAUGAUGAUUUAACCGAUUUUAGUUGACGAUACGGAACUUCUAGUUUGCGAGCCCGACGCGCAGUUGGCCGGUCUUUUUUCAUAACUCAACUAAUGACAGUUCAACGGUUGAAGCAACGAUACGAUCUCAAUUUACAACUGGCCACCAAAACUCCAAACGCUCGAAAAAUAAAAUUCAAACGAAAAAAAAGAAAAAUUUGACGUAACACAUUUCAUAUCUGUGUAACACAUUUCCACGUCAUAUUAUCACUACAUCACAUAAUCGUGUUUAUUAACGAUUUUUAAUUGCGAAAUUCUUCAGGCACCGAGUUCCUUCGCGGGGGAAAGAGAUAGAAAACAACCCUGUCUGUCGGCAAACUUCGUGAUAUUCAGCCAGUGUAUCGCCUCAAGGCUGGCAGAACGGACGUGUGCCGUCGCGCGGAAAAACCCACUAUUUCGAAAAUCGAAGUGUUGUGUGUGUGUGUAUUUAGUGUACAGAUUAAAAAGUGGUUGUGAAUGAUUAUAAACUUUUUCUUUUUUAAUUAAGUGUUAGAUAAUUUACAGUUUGGAUACUUGGUGUUGUAAUAAUAUUUGUGUAAAGUUUUUGUGACCGAAGUGUUGUCACGGCUUUAGCAGAUACAAUCUGAGAGCGGAGAGAAUCGGAUUAGGUCCUGUAAGCUGAAUCACUGAACUGGCAGCCGUCCUUAUAAGCAGAGCAAAAUAACCAGAUCAACAGUGGACGAUCGAAGGAUGGUCCAAUAUAAUGACGUCAAGCAAAGGUAGAACGUAACACACCAAAAUGGAUAUAGAUCAUGUAGUAUUGGACAAAGAAGCAAUCAGCCGGUUCGAACAGUACACGUUGGCAAAGCCGUCGCUAAAUGGCGGGAUCCCUUUGGACAGAUGCCAAGAUGGCGACUCCAUGGUAUCUAAUAGCAGAAAGAGAACACAAACAUCACGCCAAAAGGUUAUUUGUUGCUUUUGUUUCAAAACUACUAAGUACAGAAGAAAACAAUUCAUUAUUGGCUCACUAACAAACGUCGUGAUUUUUAUAGUACUCAUAGCUUAUACUUUCCUGGGAUCCUUCAUAUUUCUCGCCAUCGAAGGCGGUGCAGAAGUUCCGGCUAGGCCUAGAAUAUUACCAGACAGACAAAAAAUUACACAUAGAGAUCAAAAUAGUACGCACAAAAAGCCGGACGAAGAUUACGACUACAGUAACUUAACGCUGUCGGCUAAUUACUUUUGGGAUGCCAGAAGCAGAGCUGUGGAAAAUAUUUGGGAGAUAACAGUGUCGCUAAAUAUUUUGUAUAGAGAGAAUUGGACGAGGUUAGCGGCUCAGGAGAUUUUAAAGUUUCAAAACGAGUUGGUGCAGAGGGUGACAACGGAGAUGGCGUCACAAUAUGGCGUCAGUUACAGAGAGAUGGCUCUCGGCGAAUUCGGGAGCGACCUAACAAACCAUUACGAAGAGCACGAGUGGAAUUUGGCGCUGGCGUUUUUCUACUCGCUUACAGUUUUAACAACUAUAGGUUACGGAAACAUCGCGCCAAGGACUAUUCUUGGCAAAGGCGUGACCAUCAUUUACGCCUUGAUAGGCAUUCCACUAACACUGGUCUAUCUGUCAAGCGUCGGUUCCUUACUCUCCAAGAUGGCGCGCAGUGUCUUCAGCCGCGCCCUCUGCUGCUGCCUCUGCUCCAACUGCGGCUACUGCUGCUAUGACGAGCGAAGAAUGGCAGACAAAGAACGGAGAAUGAAACUAAAGAGACAGCAGGAAGAAAUGCUCAACAGCCAAAACACGAGCAAAACUCCUACAGAAGAAUGCUAUGUCUUAAAACCGGAUAGUCAAAAAGAUUUGUCGCUGUCCGAAAGACCUACAACAAGCACAGCUAAAGAUGACGUCAUCAGUUGGCCAGACACGGACUCAAAACUAUCCAUGCACGGUUUGAGCAUUCUAGCUCCCGUGCUUUUGUGUUUAGCAGCGAUUUUUAUAUACAUAGUGAUCGGUGCAGUGGUACUUUUUAAGAUAGACAAUUUGGGUAUCAUUGACGGUUUUUAUUUCUGUUUUAUGGCGUUAAGCACCAUUGGCUUCGGUAAUAUCAUUCCUGGCAUGAGCUACACCACCAUCAAUGGUGUUAGGUAUUACACUAUCAAAUCAACGACGUUAUGGUUCUGUUCUGCAUACACUUUGACGGGUCUAGCGCUAACAGCCAUGUGUUUCGGAGUUAUACACGACGAAAUUAUUUAUAGGAUAAAGCAUCAGCAGAAACGGUGGUCCCAAAAAGGGAACACGGUCAACGAUGGAGUCAAUAUGAACGAUCCAUUUUACAUGAAUUCCUGACAAAUGUACAGUAAGAGUAAAUCUGAGAAUCUGUACAGCAUUAUGGAGGAUAGUUCCUUAGAGCGUAACAGAAUCGAGAUUGACAAUAGAGAAGUAGUUCUUAGUCUAGAUGAUAUAUCUGCGGUCGUGGACUCUAAUGCUGACUUCCCACCGCCGCCACCAGAAGAAGAAAUCGUCGCCAUUGUAACCAAAAAGGAACCUAAAGGUUUUGGUAAUAUGGUCGCAUACAAUGCGCUACCCGAAAUGUUGGAACACGUACCCACAUAAUGUAAAAGACUUGAGAUUUUUUAUUUCUUUCUUUUAUUUUCUGGCUGUGAAUAUGUUUUAUAUUUUUUAUGGAAUAU